CUUCCGCCCUAAAAGAAAAUGGCGGCGGGCAGCACGGGUUCCGGGCGGCAGCGGCGGCGCGGUGCGCUGCGGCUGUUGAUGCGGGUCGGGUCGGUGCUGCUCACCCGCUUCCCUUUCUGGCACUGCCUCAGCAGCCUCCUCCUCAACGCAGAGCGCGCCGAGGCCCGGAGGAAACCAGAUAUCCAGGUCCCAUUUCUCUACUUUGACAUGGGUGCUGCAGUUCUGUGUGCCAGUUUCAUGUCCUUUGGGGUGAAACGACGGUGGUUUGCCCUGGGGGCUGCCUUACAGUUGGCCAUCAGCACAUAUGCGGCUUAUAUUGGAGGCUACGCUCACUACGGAGAUUGGCUGAAGGUUAGGAUGUAUUCACGAACAAUAGCCAUAAUUGGUGGUCUCUUGGUCUUGGCAAGUGGUGCUGGAGAGAUCUACCGCCAGAAACCCCGAAACAGAUCACUACAGUCCACUGGGCAGGUUUUCAUUGGCAUCUACCUCAUUUGUGUGGCCUACUCUCUUCAGCACAGCAAGGAAGACCGCCAGGCCUAUCUCAGCGGCAUCCCUGGUGGGGAAAUUGCCUUGCAGCUUCUCUUUGUGCUUUAUGGUGUCCUUGCGCUCUCUUUCCUCUCUGGCUACUACAUCACCACAGCUGCCCAGAUCCUGUCAGUCAUUCUCCCUCUUGUCAUUCUCUUCAUCGACGGCAACUUGGGUUAUUGGCAUGAUUCCCGACGAGUGGAAUUCUGGAACCAAAUGAAGCUGAUUGGACAGAACGUUGGGAUCUUUGGGGCCUCCAUAAUUUUGGCCACAGAUGGUUGAGAAUAGAAACUGUGAGACUUGAUUGAUUUAGGGUUUUGGAAGAAGAGAAUUUCAGGGAAGGAACUUGGAUAUAUAUAUUUUUAAAUGGCUUAUUUAUUUUUUCCUGGGGUUUUUUUUUUACCACUUAAAAAUUCUUAGUCACUUCCCAUUGGCAGCUAAAUGAACUAGUGGGUUUCUUCAAAAACCUGUGUAACUCCAAUAUACUCAUUCUCUCUUGCUCUCUUUUUUGUUUUUAAAUUAUCACAGGCAGUUCUGCCAGCCUCCUGCUUCUCAGCCACGUAGAGAGCAAAUUGUUUAAAGGACUAGAUUACAUUGAUAAAGGUUUAGGGCUUUGGCCUCCUGCAGAUGGGAAAAAGUGAAUGUAUGCUUCCCAUCCAUUCAUUAUAUAAAAGAUCACUGGACAAAAGUAACUGGCACUGCUGUUACCUAGUGUGCUGCUGUGGUAAAACCACCAAUGUAGGUUAGAUAGCCAAAGACACAGAGGUCUGACUAGAGAUGUAAAAUUUACAAUUAUGAAGCCAUGGGAAAAGAUGUGGUUUUUGGCGGGGAAAAAAUGGAGAUUUUUGGGAAAAUGUAAAAAUUGCAAUAUUAACAUCCCCUUUGCAGAUUGAAAGUAAUUUUUCCUGCUUGGAACAUAAAAUUCUUUAUAUAUGACUUUGGCAUAACAUUGUCAUGCUUCAUGUAUAAUAAAACACUGAACUUUUUUU